CGCGUCGGCCAAAACACGGUCGUGCUUAAAUAUGGACACGACUGUGUUUUUCUUUAGGCCAGCCCGUGUUUUGCUUUUCCAUCAAUUCAGCUCUCGCACAUAAAAACACUGGCGUGCCUGUUUGUGUACACGACCAUGUUCUUCAAGCCUCCUGCCCGUGUUUUGCCCCCAGCUCGACCGAAUGACCUCCAAACACCCCGAAUCUCGUGCUUAGCCUUUCCUUCGACGUCUAGGACCUGAAAUAUGACAAAGUAGCACAACCCAGCGUAAAACGGGCAAAAAUUAUACGACUACUAGCCGCAAACGGAUAAGACCUAAGGGUGCAAACAUGUGCAAAUACAUCGUUAUCACAACCGCAAUUUGAUUGGAGAGAAACAGAAUAAGGGUUCAGGAGAGGACGGGGAUUAGUUCCAGUUUAGUUUUUCAUUUUUUUUAUUUGGAAAGUCAAUUCAACAUUGUUGAUGACCGGCACACCAUCGGAAUCCAUGAAUACCGAUGAGACAAUAGCCGAGCGGGAUGGAGCAGAGAGAGAGCCACAGUGGGAGAGAGGAAGAGCAUCAAAGAAGUUGUUUCACCACAGCGCAAGACAGAGAUACGACGACGAUCAAAGAAGUAAAGUCAGGGCGAAUAUGGGCAAUUUGGCUUUUAGAUUAAAUGUACCAAAAAAAAUUAGAUCAGACUGUGGCGAGCUGUGAUGAGCAAAGAGGGAGACUGGAUGGAAUUCUGUUAGGGGAAUAAGUGUGGGCCAAAGGGGCAACCCAAUUGGGAAGGCCCAAGGAAGAUCAGUGGGGUGGCAUAGGCAUGGGCCAUCCAGGGCCCAGCCAGAGAAAACCAAGGAAGCCACAGGAGCAAGAGCCGUGGGCCUGAGGGCGCGCGGUAAAAGGCCCAAAUGACCAAGGUAGCGCGCGGGACAGGUGGGACCGGACACCUGGAAAGGGGCGCAUGGGACAAAAGACACCCAACGGUCGGAAGUGUACGAAAAGGUGGCCACAUGAUGUCAUGCGCCUCCUAAUGACGAAGGUGUCAGGUGGACGAGGCGCAUGCGCAGGGGCUGUACGAGGCAUUUAUUGCAAACCUGACAAGAGGCGAGAGCGACGGAUACCGGUCGAUCUCGCCCCGGGUAUAAAUAGUGAAUUAGGUAAACCUCAUUUACUCAGUUUUUGUUUCUCUUACUAGAACUGUUCUCCACUUCUCUCCCCAGAGUAAGGAUUCUCACUUGGGCGUCGGAGUGCUAACGGACCUAUCUAGUCCGCUAGGCGCUUGUGUGUGCAGGCGGAAGUGCGCGUGCGGGAAGGGCCGUAAGAAGCGAGGUGCGUGACGAGAAGAGGAGGGUUGUGGGGCAUAAACAAUUGGCGCGCCAGGUAGGGGCAUAUAACCGCAAGAAAGCAUGGAGGCUCCCGAGUCUGGAAAGAAGGAAGGAGGUCCGGAGUUGCACGAGCGGGGAACGGAUGGAUCAAGGGAGGCAGAAGCGCACGACUGAAGGGUGAGUCCGCGCGUUGAGGAGAGCGCACAGAUGGAAGGCGCCCCACUCACCAAGGAGGCGUUGAUUCAAAUCAUCGAACACCUGGAUCAGGCCCUUGAGAUCUUGAAGAAAGAGUUUGAGGAGCGAGACGACGACGGGGAAGGAGCGUCCACCCUCGCGAGGUGCACGGAAGAGAUGGGGCACUUGACUCGACACUUGGAGUCGGACUAUGACGAUUACAAUGGCUGGGCGGAGAGGCGCGCACAGAAGAGUUGGGGAGGACCACUUGAACAAUUAUUUCACGGAAAUGCAAUUGUACAUCAGCAACGACGCCACGAUGUGCCGUGCGUUCCCCUCCACAUUCAUAGGGGUGGUGUUGGAUUGGUAUCACCAGUUAGAGGAAGGACGUAUCGAUUACUUUGAGCACUUCGCUUCCCUGUUACUGUCAAAGUUCGCGAGUCGGAAGCGCAGGACCCUCACUAUAAACGCCCUAUUCAAAGUUUGCCAGAGGGAGAACGAACCACUUAGGUAGUUUUACGAGCGAUGGAUGUCGGUGGCUAUGGCGGUGAAGGAUGUUAAGCCUCCGGUGCUGGGGUGUUGUCAAGACGAAUGCACGACCAGUGAAGAGUUGUGUCGGGCGCUCUCGAAGAAGGUCGUUAUGCGGGAGGAAACACUUGCGGCUUGCCGAUUUGACAGGAGAAAGGGGAAGGCUGAGGAAAGCGAAGGUUAUCGCGCGCCACGCGUGCCGCCGGUGACAACAAAUGUGUUUCCUGCGCGUCGAAUGGAGAACCCAAGACCUAUGUAGAAGAGCGCAGGGAACUUCAGAGAGCUCAACGACACGCUAAAGAACGUGUUGCAAUACGUAAAGGACAAGGGGUACCACUUGAGGCGACCAGGACCCAUGAGAAGGCGCCCAAACGAGCAAAAUCUCGAUAGAUAUUACGAAUUCCACUGUGAGAGAGGGCAUCACACCGCAGAUUGCUACUAGUUAAAAACCAAGAUCCAAGGGUUAGUGGAUAGAGGAAUGCUAACCGAGUUCGUGAAGAAAGGUGACGAGAGGGCACAUCGGACGUUCGUGGCGCGGGAGGCCCAAGCAAAGGCGCCCGUCGCGGAGCAAGAGCUAGAGGGCGCCUUCCCUAAAGAAGAGGUUGCCUUGCCACCACCCCCUGGUUCGCUUGUUGAAGGAAUUUGCGGAUUUGUUUGCAUGGAGUGUGAAAGAGAUGCCUAGGGUAAAGGUGGAAGUUGCGGAGCAUCGCCUGGCAAUAGCAAAGGGCGUGCGCCCCGUCCAACAAAAGAGGCGCCCGAUCUCGUUAGAAAAAGAGGAGGCAUUCAGAAAGGAGGUGGAGAAGUUGCGGGAAGCGGGGUUUGUAGAGGAAGCCAAGUACACAACGUGGGAAAAAAUCCAAAACUACCAAUGUUUUAAAAAAAAUUACAAUAAUACCACCCACUCCAAAUAAUUUGCAAAAAUACCAUCGUUUAUAACAAACCGCGCCUCCAGGCAGCGGUUAUAGAACAAAAUGCGCCUCCAAGGCGCGGUUUGACUUUGCAUGGCUGUCAAACCGCGUGGCCACGUGGCGGUGCAUCAAACCGCCCGUUCGAGGAGCGAUCUGACGGCCAAAACGCGUGCCAACUCAGCGAUCCGCGUCGCCCACGGAAACUGCUCCCCCGAGGCGUGGUUUGACUGUUGGGAAACGCAAACCGCGUGCUGGAGGCGCGGUUUUCGGUGGGGUAAAAUGACUGAACCGGCCCUCCCCCACGCGGUUUCUCACCUAUAAAAACCCCCCCUCCCCUUCAUUUUUCUGCACACCAACCACAUUCCCCCCUCUCUCCCUCUAACUUCUCUCUACCCACCCCCCUACCCACCAACCACAUUCCCCCCUCUCUGCCUCCAAAAAACUUUUUCUUUGGUUUUCACUAAAAAACCGUAGAACCUCUGUCCGGAUUCCGAGAGAAUGGCCGAUUUCGCUCAAGAAGAUGGCAUUUUUUUAUGAUGAUUAUCAAACGGUAUGUACUCAUUUUUCCCAAUUGUUGUUGUUGUUGUUAUAAUGAUUUAUUUAAUUUAUAUACUAAUAAUUUAUGUUAUUGUUAUGCUAUCGUAGGUUGGGCCGGAUGUUGAUAUUUUCAAUCAACGAUAUUAUGUUGAUCAAGGACCGAUUGAUCCGACAGUUUUAUACGAUCAAGCAAAUUAUCGUUCAAGAGACGUUUGGGACGACCACAAGGUACAUAUUAGUUAUCAUCACUUGUAAUUUGUAUUUAGUUAAAGUAAUUUAUUUGUUUGUACAAUAAUUUACUUAAUUGUUAAUCGUAUUGAUUAUUUUCAAUAAUUUAAAUCAAUACAAUACAACACUUAUU